GCGCGCCCGCACUGCACUCCCAAACGCACUCGACGUCCGACGCUUUUACAACACGCCCGACGCCUUUACUCGUCCCGUACUUUUGACGACCGUACACAACGAUAAUCCGCUCUCGACGCUCAGCUCUCCCGAGCAUCAGCGAUCCGCACAGCUUAUUCAAAGACAGAGGGGAAUUUUUACCGAACAUAAUCACAGAGAAAAAGCUCCGACCUUCGCUCCGAAUAUCGGCGUACGAUAUACGUGUCGAGCGAGCUUUUUCUGUGGAGAGUACGAAGGGAGAGAAACGUGAUCGGAGAAGAGGGAGGAGGGGGAAAACAAUAACAAAUCUCAAAGUUCCGAACUUGCAGGAAAAUCAUUAUAUGCCCGUUGCUUGAUCCGCGUCAAUUUCGUGGAAUAUACCCCAUGCGAAUGCCACAUUGAAUCAGAAACACGAGGUUCUAGUUUUGGCACCGCAAGCUCAACUUGCUUUCUACCCCUUCAAAGCGGCGGAUCAAUGAUAAAAAUUUAGGAACUUCCGAGUAGGAGAAAGGAAAAGGGAUGAGAAAAGCUUGAGUAAGAGGGGAAAAAGUGAAAAUAUUUAAUUCAGGGUAUAAAACACGCGAGUCGAGUGUGUGUGUGCGUGCGUAUCGCCAUUACGAGAACGGUGAAUUUCAAAGUUACUCUCGAAACUGGAACAGGAACAGGAACAGAAACUGGAGUAGUCAGAUAGCCAAGUCGGCGGUAAAUUGAUGUUUUUGGCAGGAACAAACAGAGGAUUAAAAAGGUAGCGGGGGUUGAGUACGACGGGUUUUGGUGCGUUUCAAAAAUAUCCUGCACUUUCAGGGUGGCUAAUAUUGUGUGUGUUGGUGGAUAUAAAACGUGGUUCACUCGCCACCGAAAUUUUUUUCACGUAAAACGGUCUGUUGAACGAAAAUAAAGAAACAAUAAAAAUAGGUAUAUCGCAUAUGAUAUUUCAGUCGCUGUGUGAUAAAAUUGUGUAAUUGUGUAGUUGUUGAAAUAAUUGUCUUCGUGUAUCAAGCAUAUUUAUCCGUAUACGUAUUACUAAUCUUGUGUAAACAAGAAAAAUUGAAAAUAAUCAAAGUAAAACAAUUCGUGAAACUACAUACGUGCAAAAAGAUCGUCCGUGUAUAAACUGUAAGAAUUUUACUUCGAUAUAGUUAAUAAAAAUUUGUUGGAUAGAAAAAAUAAAUAAGCAAAUUGUACCAGACAUUUGCAUCUUUGAAAAGAAAAAAUUUCGUUCGUUAUUUAAAUUCAGUGCGCGAUUAUUGGUAGAAAAAAUUAUAUAACCCCGUUGUAAAUUUAGUGUAGCAAAGUGACUUCCGCAAAGUGUGCCGGUGAUAAGACAAUUCAGCCAUUACCCCGUGACGUCAUCGUCAGCAUUAAUGAUAAACGGAAUCAGGGAAUCGAAUUAAGAACGAUCACUGAUUUCUCCGGUUUGAAUUACAAGAGUCCGCCGAAUUACACGGACAUCGACGAACGCCUUCUGACAACCGCCCUGACGCGUCACUAUGCCGCAGUGAUGGAGGGCGAGGGCACAUUGGGUCGGGGGCACGCAAACGGGGGCCGCGGAUUGCGCCGGCAGCGGUCCCUGGAGUGGCGUGACCGGCGCGCUUACGGCGGUGCACCCUCGAGUAGCGACGAAGAGGACAACUCCCGUCACGGUGUCGGAGGUCCACCUUCGUCCGGGACCCGUGGGGCCCGAAGUCCCGGGCAAGUCUACGCGUCGCUUCUCGCUCAGCAAUAUAACAGUGCUGGAGAUCGUUCGUAUCGCACGGGGUCAGAUACGGAGGGUGCCGCGACGACGGAUAACCCGACAACGCCGUUUCCAACACCGCCGCCGACCUUGACCCCAAACCACCGACAAGCCUCUCCGUUUCCUUUGGAAAGCACAAAUUCACGUCGACAUCACUACAAUGGAACUGCGUUGCCGGAUAGAUCGCGAAAUGGAAACGGGGAGACCGUGUACGCCGCCCCCACGAAAAAGAACAGCAUCGCCGGUGGUACCCUCGGGAGACGUAAUCGACGAGGACAUGCGAAUGCUUUGAGCAGCAGCUCGACGGCCAGCAGCGAUCGGUCCGAGGCUGUAUUUCCGGACGAACAUUCUAGAAUGCACCUCAACAACGACACUGGUGGUGAUUCCCCGCCAGAGCCAGCCCCUCCAGAAGUCCCGCCGCGGGGCCCUUCCCUUCACGCUACCCAUACGCUACGGGCGCAACAGGCCCGAAACGGCUGCCUACCGAAUUCCACCACCGGAUAUGCCAUUCCACCGGAACAAACGCAGUCCGAGAAUUACCAAGAAUAUUUGAUGUCCGGGAGUCCGCGGAGCUAUCCGGCACGUUCUCCGGGGGUGGCGGGAACUCCGACUCUCACCAGGCUACCCCCACCCCAGCAGCAGGUGACCGUUGGUUCUCUCGGAGGCGGUGUUUCGGCAGGAAACGGCGGCGGUCCAGGUCAGCCCUUAGCGAUGCCUGUUUUUCCGCUCCGAGCUGGUCCGGCGCCUCAUUAUUCCCCGUAUUCGCCGUCGCGUUUCCACAUCGACAAACGCUGCCAACACCGUUGCUCCUGGAAGUGUUUCUCCAUCGCGCUUAUACUACUAGCGGUCGCCCUGACGGCGAUGCUCGCCUAUUUCGGCACCGUCAGCUCCAUGACAAUUAUAGACAGAACCAACUGCAUUUUGGUCCAAGAUGUCAAGGCGGUCACCCACGAGAACGCUCACAUGCACGAACCGAUAUCAACGCAAAUCCCUACGGAAGAAUCACUGCCGACCAGCACAGCCGAGCAUUCGAGCGCAGCGGACAAUAUCGGCGAUCAGCAAAGUGACCCUCAAAUACAGCAGUCGGCCCAAUGGCCAGCGGUGCUGGAGUUGCGCGCUUACAACGUAGCACAUUCCGCCGUGAUUCCACCAUAUCACUUCUGGAACUCGGAGUUCCGUAAUAAACAGCCGGCCUUUAUUCGGUUAAACUUUACAUUACCGUGGGGCGCUAACUUUGCCGUUUACGGUCGUCGAAACGUUGCCCCAAGUGUGACGCAGUACGACUUCGCGGAGUUCGUCAAGGGCGGCAGAGUUGAUCACAGACUGAAAAGAGAAAUAGUAUCCGCCGAAGCCGUUAGUUUCAUGAAAGCCGAACGGAAUUCAAAACCCCUGGAAAUCGAUAGCAGAGUCCUCGUCAAAAGAUCACUCGUCGAACCGAUGCUGGUGAACGUAACCCUCUUACAAUACCUCGACACAGGUCGCUGGUUCCUCUCAGUCUACAACGAUGAACUUCAACCCCACAAGGUCACUCUUGUCGUCACAGAGGCCGAAGGAGUCUCGACAACUUGUCCGAACGAUUGUUCCGGUCGCGGAUCCUGCUAUCUCGGGAAAUGCGAUUGCAUCGACGGUUACCAGGGUGCUGACUGCAGCAAGAGCGUUUGCCCGGUACUUUGCUCGGCUCACGGUCAGUACGGGGGUGGGGUGUGUCACUGCGAAGAUGGAUGGAAGGGCGCGGAGUGCGAUGUACCAUUGGGAGAUUGCCAGAUACCUGAUUGCAACCAGCAUGGACAAUGCGUCCGCGGUUCUUGCGUCUGCAUUCCCGGUUGGAAGGGACACUUCUGCAACGAACGCGAUUGUCCAGAUCCAAGCUGCAGUGGACACGGAGCUUGUGUCUCCGGUAAAUGCUAUUGCAAAGCCGGUUGGCAGGGUGAACGUUGCAAUCAAGUAGAUCAGCAAGUUUACCAGUGUCUUCCGGGAUGCUCGGAUCACGGAAUUUACGACCUUGAAGCCGCUGCCUGCAUCUGCGAAGAACAUUGGGCAGGCGUUGAUUGCUCCCAGCCUAGUUGCGACCUCGACUGUGGCCUCCACGGAUCCUGCGAACAGGGUCAUUGCAAAUGUCACGACGAUUGGACGGGGGCGAGAUGCGAUCAAAAGCCUUGCGACGUUCGAUGCGCUGACCAGGGUCAGUGCAAAAAUGGGACCUGCGUUUGUAGCCAAGGCUGGAACGGUAGACAUUGUACAUUGCCCGGAUGCGAGAAUGGAUGCAGUGGCAACGGUCUCUGCACUUUACAAGAGGGAGAAUACAGAUGCGAUUGUUCGAUCGAAUGGGCAGGACGAGAUUGCAGCAUUCGUCUUGAAAUGGAGUGCAGCGACGGAGUAGACAACGAUCAAGACGGUAUGACGGACUGCUCCGAUAGUGAGUGUUGCUCGCUUCCCGUCUGUUCAGAUCACAUAAUGUGUCUGGCUAGCAACGAUCCCGUCGAAGUUCUACUUAGGAAACAACCGCCGAGUGUGACAGCAUCCUUCUAUCAAAGGGUGAAAUUUCUUGUCGAAGAAAACAGCGUGCAGAGUUACGCUCACACGGACGAGUACAGCGAGAGUGAGUUCUGGAAUUACUUUACACCGCGCCGGGUUGCCGUGAUGCGAGGACAAGUAGUAACCGAACAAGGACUCGGCAUUGUUGGAAUUCGAGUAUCCGUCGACAAGGAUUCACGAUUUGGAUUCACAUUGACCCGAGCCGGUGGAUGGUUUGACGUACUCGUAAACGGUGGAGGUGCCGUUACUCUGCAGUUUCAAAGAAGUCCCUUCAAACCUCUAACUCGCACAGUUUUCGUACCUUGGAAUCAGAUCGUUGUUCUACCCCCGGUAGCCAUGACGCUCAGUGAAGAAAGCGUGUCUUACAGGCCGAAUCAACCCCCCAGUCCUGCCGUUGGCUUCCCAGGGAUCUCGAUGGGACUGUUUGGCGAACAUGGACCUUGCCUGGAACACGAUCACGAAAUAUUACGUCCGAUAAUCGUUGGCACGUGGAUGCCAGAAAAAGUCGGAGGUUUGCCAGGAAAGAGUUUGAUCUUCGCUGAAACUCAGAUCGUUCAAGAAAGCAUUGCUAUUCCGGGAUCGAAUUUACAUCUGAUGUACCAAAGUAGUCAAGCGGCAGGGUACUUAUCCACCGUCAGGAUGCAAUUGACAGGACCUUUCAUUCCAAAGUCACUGACGCAUGUCCACGUGCACGUGGAAAUCGAAGGAUCCCUGCACGCAAAGACUUACGAAGCCGAUCCAAACCUGGAGCACACAUUCGCGUGGAAUAAAAGAAACGUCUACAAGCAGAAAGUGUACGGUGUAGCUCAGGCACGAAUUUCCAUCGGGUAUCAGCACUCCAGCUGCCAGGCGGUAGUCUGGGAAACACAAACAGCAACUUUGCAAGGGUUCGAUGUGGACAUUUCGGACGUCGGAGGAUGGGGAUUGGACAUUCAUCAUCAUUACAAUUUCCACGAAGGGAUUCUUCAGAAGGGAGACGGAUCCACUCUUCACCUCAAACAGUAUCCACGUACAGUUAAAGUCGUCAUGGGUACGGGAUUGCAGAGGAAUUUAACUUGUCAGGAUUGUAAUGGACUCGCAAAAGAUGCCAGACUGCUCACUCCUGUCGCGCUCACCAGUGGACCAGACGGCAGCAUUUACGUCGGAGAUUUUAAUCUCGUUCGCAGAAUUACCCCCGAGGGAAAUAUCAACACUGUUUUAAUCCUUAGCGCGACCCAAGUGGCGUAUCAGUAUUACCUCUCGGUAUCACCAGCGGACGGUCAUCUUUACAUAAGUGACCCUGAAAAGCAUCAAAUCCUGAAAGCUUUAUCGUUAGAGAAAGUUCAAGAUCCCAGUAUCAACAUGGAGGCGGUUGUUGGAAGUGGCGAACGAUGUAUCCCCGGUGACGAAGGUCACUGUGGGGAUGAGGGACCAGCGAUUCAUGCAAAACUGGCUCAUCCUAAAGGAAUUGCAAUCGCCGCUGAUAAAACAAUGUAUAUUGCUGACGGCACAAAUAUCCGAGCUGUAGAUCCUCGCGGCAUAAUCCACACUCUUGUCGGUCAUCACGGUCAUCACAAUCACUGGUCACCUGCUCCGUGCAUGGGGGCAAUUCCUGCGCAUCGAGCACAACUCCAGUGGCCAACUGGACUGACCCUUAGCCCACUGGACGGUUCUCUCCAUUUUAUCGAUGACAGAUUAGUCCUGAAGUUGACCAGCGAUCUGAAGGUCCGAGUGGUCGCCGGAACACCUCUCCACUGCACGAGUAAUGCCAACAUGGGUGGAGCACCAAGAUCGAAUUCUUCGAUGGCUGCUAAUAACAAAAAAUCAGAUGAAGUUUUGGGAUCCGUUUUGGCAGUGGCCUUCAGUCCGACUGGAGAACUCUACAUUGCUGACAGCGAUUCGCAUAGAGUGAAUUCGAUCAGGAUGGUCGAUUCAUCUGGAAAAAUGUCCCAUUUUGCUGGCCAGCAGCAAGAAAGACUGCGGGGGCAAUGCGAGUGCAACAAUACCACACCUAGUACCAAAAUUCUAGACUCCUGUAGUUGUACCGAUGAUACGAGUAGCACCGAAACACUAUUGUCGUCAAAUGCGAAAUUCUUGGCAAUCUCGGCGCUAGCGGUUUCCCCUGAUGGUGUAUUGCACGUUGCUGAUCAGGGUAGCUUGCACAUUUUAGCUUUACAGCCCUAUCUUCCGAAGCUGGAUGAGAGCGGAGAAUUCCAUAUUCCUUUCCCCCCAUCUAAUGAAGUCUACGUUUUCAAUCGCUACGGUCAACACGUAGCAACGAAAGAUCUGACCUCUGGGAAAACGAGAUACUCGUUUUUGUACAGCAAAAAUACAAGUUUCGGAAAAUUGGCGACCGUCACAGACAGCGCGGGAAAUAAAAUACAGUUCUUGAGAGACUACAGCAAUGUCGUUAGCUCGAUUGAAAAUACACAAGACCAUAAAUCGGAACUUAAAAUAUCGGGAGUCGGGUUCCUCGUCAAAUUGUCGGAAAGAGGGAGGUCUGAAAUCGCACUCGAUUACGAUAGCUCGACUGGACUGCUGACCAGCCGAUCAGGUGGCAGCGAAACGUACAUGUACUCGUAUGACAAUCUCGGACGAGUGACGGACGUGAUACUUCCGACCGGUGAAAAAUUGAAAUUAAGUUCUGGAUUAUCGAAGAAUGAGGGACUCGCUGUACGAGUUUCCGCGCCACUUCAGGCUUUGAGAAAGGGAGACAGUCACCGAUUACUUGAGCUAAUAAUGAAGAAUGAUAAGUUCAAAACCCUCCAGAUCACAGACGGAACUGAGGUAGAAGUAGCUACUGCCUUCACCAACAGUAGCAUGACGAUUUCACUCCCUGGAGGUGGCACCGUCAUGAGUGCAGCAAAAGCCAAGCAUCCGCUAUUAGAAGCCGCGUUACCAGUAGAAGCGGAAAUGCUUCCGAUGUGGAGUUAUCAAGUAAUGAAUCUCGGCGAGCUCACCAACACGAUGACAACGUCGUAUAAUCUCGUCGGUGACGUGAGCCACUUGCAACAGACAUUGAACCGCGAGAUUUGGGUGAACGAAACCAGAGUAAUAGGUGUGGAAUUUGAGCAGGCUUUCAGCCGAGAGACAUUCUACGACAAAAAUCGCACUCCGUUAUUAACCGUAACCUUUGAUCCCGCGGGUCUCCCGUUGAACUGGCAGCCUUACCACCACGGUCAUAAUCUAAGCAUAUCAUACGAUUCCUUCAACCGCAUAGAAAGCUGGAAAUGGGGAGCAUCUGAUGAAACUUAUAGCUACGAUCACCGCGGUCAUCUCGCAAAGGUGACCAACAGUCAAGAUGGGACCAAGCAAUACACUUAUAACAAUUAUAAUAUGCUGGCGAAAAUCACCCUUGCCAGUGGUCGAAAUUUCUCUCUUCAGUACGACGAUGACGGUGGACUACGUCAUGUCACUCUUCCAUCGAAUACCAAACAUUCUUUCUCGUGCCAGGCUUCUCUCGGAUUUUUAAGGGUCACUUAUACACCACCUGGAAGCUCGAGAGCUUAUCUACAGCACUAUAGUCACAAUGGAAACCUUUUACAAACUGUUUUUCCCGGAGACGGUGCGAGAAUCGUGUACAGGUAUCACACUUCCGGUCAAAUAGCGGAGAUAAUCCAUGGCGAUGGUAAAAGCGAAAUAAUAUACACAGAGAACGGUCUUCCUUCGGAAGUUAUACACUCUGAGAAAGACGUCGAGUACAAGUGGGAUUAUCAGUAUAAUGCAGGGCUUUUGAUAGAGGAGCGAAUAGAUUUUGGGGCCAAAACUGGACUCAGCAAUGCGAAGUUCACUUUUGAGUAUGAUAACAACUUCCGGUUAACUGCGGUUCAAGGUAGAAUCGGUGGCCAAAAUCUUCCGCAGCAUCCCAUGGCGUACAACCCGAAGACUGGAACACUCGAUCAAAUUGGACAGUUCAAAAUAGCCAAGCCCAAAAUGAACGAGACUACAGUCUCUGAUGGAACAGCUCUCUUCUCUAGAAGUACCAACGGCAGAUUUUUGGAGACCAAAGUCACGGUGACCAUAUACAAUAUUGAAGUAUUCAGGAUGGAAUUCACCCACGAUUCUAGAGGACGAAUCAAUCAAACCAGAACGUAUACUCGUAAUCUUGGCGGUAACCCUUACACGAGCGUUAAAAAUUAUACUUGGGAUUACGACGGUCAAUUAUCAGGAGUCGAAGCUCAGGAACCGUGGGGCUUCAAGUAUGAUAACAACGGAAACAUGCUGUCUUUAACAUACCGAGGAAACACUAUUCCCAUGGAGUACAACGGGAUGGAUAGAAUUGUCAAGUUUGGCGAGGGACUUUACAAAUACGACAACCGAGGUCUGGUCAUUCAGAACGCUAGAGAAGAGAGAUUCAAUUAUAACGCGAAAGGAUUGCUAGCCCGUGCCAUGAGGAGGGGACGAUUCGACGUACGUUACUAUUACGAUCACUUGGAUCGGCUCGCAACUAGAAAAGACAAUUACGGAAAUGUCACGCAGUUCUUUUACAACAACCAAGAUAGACCUCACGAAGUCAACCAAAUCUACAGCCCCCGUGAUGGUAAACUGAUGUCCCUUGUUUAUGAUGACAGAGGACAUCUUAUUUAUGCCCAAGUUUAUCGGCACAAAUAUUACAUCGCUACUGAUCAAUGCGGAACACCAAUUAUGAUUUUCAAUCAAUACGGAGAAGGAAUCAGGGAAAUCAUGAGAUCGCCCUACGGACAUAUUGUCUACGAUUCCAACCCCUAUCUCUAUCUACCAGUUGAUUUCUGUGGCGGACUUUUGGACCCGGUGACAUCGCUUGUCCAUAUGCCUAAUGGAAAAGUUUACGAUCCGUUGAUCGGGAAGUGGAUGUCGCCGCUAUGGGAAAAUGUUUUGGACAGGGUUGCUACCCCGACACAUCUCAACCUUUACAGAUUCAAUGGAAAUGAUCCAAUCAACGUUAGACACACGAGUCAACAAAAUCAGCCCACAGAUCAUUUGACGUGGCUUUCACAUCUCGGGUACAAUUUGAAGAAUCUUGCCCCUCAGCUCUUCCCAGAGGAACUUCCAGGCGGUCCUGAUGGCUCGUCAUUGGGGCCGAGUAGUUCGAUAUUUGGGUCCAAAGACAGAGUCAGAAACCUAGGAGUGCGAUCUGGUUUCUUGGCAUAUAUAGCUCAGAGGCACUCAGGGGAUGCUGCGAGUUUAUCUGCACCCCCUCGUUCUGCAUUAAAGAAAGAUGCCAGUGAAUUAGUACCGAAUCGUUUAGGUGCAGCUUCUGAUCCGCCAUUCGGAAAAGGAAUUCUUGUAUCUCGAACGGCUGAUGGCCAAGCUGUAGUAUCAAGUGUCCCAGCAGCCAACGCGAUAUACAAAGAUGUUUUUACAUCCGUUUUCAACAGAUCUUACUUCCUACCGUUUACGUUCGUCGUUCACAGCGCUCAACAGGACGCUUUUUACUUUGUCAAGGAAGAAAUUGAGAAAGCAACUGAAGAUUGUGGUCAGUUGAAGCGUCUAGGUGGUCAGGUAAACACGACUCUCCACGAAAACGAAAACGGAAGUGGUAGCAGUUCAUUGACCGAUGUUAAAAUCCACGGUACUAGUGCCGUUGUAAACUUACGAUAUGGAACAACAGCUGAAAAAGAAAAACAACGGCUCCUUCAUCACGCUAAGACCACAGCGAUACGAAAAGCUUGGCACAGAGAAAAAGAGGCGUUGCAAAGUAACACGUUAACGACUGUAGAGUGGAUGGUUACGGAACAAGAAGAGAUACUUAAAGUCGGUCACGCAUCAAAUUACGAAGGUGAAUACACCCACGACGCACAAAUAUACCCAGAGCUUGCGGAAGACCCUUACAAUAUAAGAUUUGUGAAAAAGGCUGCGGAUUCGUCUAGCAAGAAACGUCGUAGGAGGAGAGGUACUCCGGCCUGCAAACUUUGGUGGUUGGAUCCAUUCUGCUAAAAAGUUGGAGGUAAGGGAAUCAUUCAAAGAAACUCACGCUCCAAAUUAAUCUUUAAUGACAGCCGAAUCUGUCAGUGAACUGAAUAAGAAAAAGCCGCUGUACGCUCAGCGCUCUAUAUGCACACAGAUUAAAAAAAAAAAAAAAACUAUCAACAAAAUUUUAUACCAAAGUCUAUUUGUGUAUUUCAAAGAUGCCAAAACACUAACGUUAUAAAUAAUACGUAUAAUAGGGUGUAGUGGAAAGAGUUAUAAGAAUUGAGUGUGGGGUCUAUAUACCUAUUUAAAUAUUCGUGCCGAUAUUAAAAGAUUUAACUAACUGUCUGGUUACAAUUUUAUUGUUGCCAAUAAGUUUGUGAAUUCAUCGAAAAGCGGGUUGAGAGUUUCUUUAAAAAAUAAAAAUCAUUUAAUUAAAUAAUCAUAUUAAUGAAAACUGAACAAAUGAAGUUGGAACGGUCAAGAAGAUGAAAAGGAUCACCUGUUGAUUUCAGUACAGGCGUAUUGAUAACGAUAAGAGGAUGAAUCAGACCUGACGUAAAUGAAUAAUAAUGUAUGGAUACCGACAAUGUCGGAACCUAUAAAUUACCGUACAUGAGAAAAACGUAAAAAUAAAGAAUAAAGAAACAUUAUUGAACGUAAAAUAUGUAAUAUACCAUAAAUAAAUUUAAAAGAAGCGAGAAAAGAAAAACUAUAACAAACAGUAAACUGCAUUCAUACAAGGUAACUAGGAAUUUAAGGACAAUUAUUCUCACGGCCAUUUAUUGUUGAGGCGGGAUGAGUGAGAAAACCUAGUCAAUAUAUAGCUUUACAUCGGCAUAUUUAAGCUAGUAGAGUAAUAUUAUAGCGAUAUUGAUGCGCAGCAUUUUUAAAAUGACAUAUAAUUGUUAUUUCAGAAAAUGAGGUGACAUAUCGCUAUACACUGUAAAUACCUAUACAAUAUUUUACUAUCGUAAUUGGUAAAUGUACAGGUGUUACAUAUUAUUAUAUAUACAUAUUAAACCGACAUACCUACUAUGGUACAUAUUAUACGUAUAGGGGUAACAAUGAAUGAAUUAAAAGUAAAAAAACAUUUAAUUGAAAACACACAAAAAAAAGAAAAUAAGAAAAAGUAAAAAAAAGACAAACAGAGCGAGAAUGACUGAAAAUAUAUAGAACUCUCAACAGUGAAUGGCCAGGACGAAGGAAAGAAGAAGGGAAAGAAGAUGGAGAAAAAUUGAAAGAAGAGGGGUCGGUUGGUAUUUGUUAUGUGCGCUAGAUCUAAAAUAGGGCUACUCUAUAAAUGGACGUUGCGUUAUCAAUUACCUAAUUAAUUAAUUAAUAAUAAAUUAAUUAUAUAUUAGAUAAUCUUAGGUGUGUGCAGAUGGGUGUGAACUGAUAUAGGCGGGGUUGUAUCAUAGUGGUGCUUUCUCGGGUGGAGAAUCGGUGCAAUGCUUAUAUACCUAUAGUGAUCGAGCGAGAGACAGAGCGAGAAAGCAGAUAGCGAAGCUAACAUAUUUUUAACAUGAAUGUGUCGUACCCUAGAGCUAUAGUGUCAGCAAGUAAAGGUGUAUCGAAAUUUUUUUAAAAUACCGACAAUUAGGUAGCUACCAAUGAAAGGAACGAAUGCGAUCAUACGAGAUUGAAUACAUAAUUAUAAACCACAUUAUCGCAAUACUAUAAAUUACGUGCGUAACUUUCACGAAUGCGUAUAAUUGAUACGUAUCAUACAUACGUACAUGCAUACACACAUACACAUAUACACACAUUCAUACAUACACACAUACAUGCAUACAUGAAAUACAUAAAUACAUGCAUAUAUACCUAACUUCAUAUAUUUGUGCUUGCUGGAAUAUAAAUAAACACACGAUAUGUUUUAUGUUUUACAUCAUAAAAUAUUAAAUGUAUACCUAAAUUAAUAUACCAUCGCACGUGUGGUAUAAAAAAAGGAGGAGAAGAGAAGAACAUAAAAUAAACAAAAUAAGAAAACACGUACAUAUUGUAACUAGACAUGAUGUACCCCAACCCAAAACCCGAACCGCGUAUAUUAACGUAUUUAAAUAUAUUAGCAUUCAUAAUAUAUUUCGUUUGCCUGCAUUGAGGAAACCAUACUCAGCAUAUUGAAUAUAAUUAAUAAUAAACUCACCAUUCAACGGGGAAAAUAAGGAAAAGAAUAACGGAUGGGUAAAAAAAUGAGAGAUGUAGCUGCGGAUCAUCCAACCAUUGUAAUGUCUGCAUAUAAAUGGCUAACUAUUAUUAAUUAUUUAAUAAUAAUUACCAUUAAGUGUAUAAAUAGGAUUAGACAUGCUUUGUAAUGCAUUUUUAAAUUACCAUUGAAUUAAAUAACAUCGUUCAAAGCAUAGAGUAUUUUUUAAAUAUCAAGUGUCAAAUUAUAUACACAGCGAGAUAUCAUCGCCCUAGUUGAUAUGGAAAUGGGUGAACAAAUGCGUCCGCUUCCAAACCUAUAUUGAAUUUGAUCACUUUUUAACUUCCAUGAAGUUCGUCUUGUUUCAUAUUUAAUUGAUCGUUAUUAUAGUUUGUUAUUUUGAAGGAAAGGAAAAAAAAGAUAAACUAAAUAAAAUCUCCAAUUAUUCUCUAACAAUGUAGAAAUCGAACAGAAUAGGGUGGCCUAUUAUAGCUAGACCCUGGUCCACGUAUACUUGAUUACUAAAAUAAUGGAUUAAUUAAUUAAUUAAUUAAUUAAAAGAAUAAUGUUAAGGGAGCUGAUUCGAGGCACAGCUCGGCUACGCUAUAGCUACGACCACUACCUAGGUAGAUUACGCUAUUUUGCCGCUGAUCUAAUUGUUUACUGUCAAGUGUUGCUGUAAACCUAAACUGAUAUAUGAUAUUAUAUUUUAUUUAUAUAUAAUCUAACGAACUGUAUUUAUUGUAAAUAGUCACGAUGUUUGCUAUGAUAUAAUAUAUCUGUAACUGGAUGGAAUCUGCCUGAUCUGCGCCCAGCCCUGUCCUUCACAACUAUAGACACUAUAUGGAAAUAAAUCUUGAGUUUAUGUGACAAAGGAGAAAACAAAAAAAAAUUGAAAACCCAAAAACGAGAAAUGAGAUGAAUGAAAAGAUAAUAUAAUUAAUAUACCUAUAAUUACACCGAUGUCAAUACACUUCACGUUUUUGUAUAACGAAUAUUGCAGACAGCAGCUGAUCACACCAUCAACGCAUAGCGGCGGAAUUCAUCGGAUAAAAUAUUUUGACGAUGUAAUGACGAUAUAAUUCGCGACGCUGAUAUUAAGUAAAAAGAGAAAAUGGGGGGAAAAAAUUCAUAUAUCUUUCUUAAAUAUUCAUAAGUUUGGGUAUCACAUACUACAUAAACAAAAUAAAAUAAAAUAAAAACGUCACACUAGUAAAAAAAAUAUUGUGUUCUCCGGAACCUACACUAAAAAUCGCUGCCACUGCCAUACGGCAAACAGUGUCACGACCCAACCAGCAUGUCCAAUAACUUACAAUAUAUUAUUAUAAGUAUAAUAUAUUAAGUGUUUUCAGAAAAUAUAUGAUCUAUAUAUGAUAAUAAAUACAUAACGUUUUACAUUA